UGCUGAGGUAGAAAGAAGAUUCGUUACCUGUGAAUUUACCAAGUCUGUUCAGUUUUCACCAAAGAAGAUUUUGUUUGCGAUUGAACAUCACAGAGGAGGAGGAGAUUACGAAGAUCGAUUUGAUCAAUCUCGAUUGAAACAAGAUGUCGACUCUAUCAGCUGCCAGGGCGGAUAACUUUUACUAUCCCCCGGAAUGGACUCCAGAUCAAGGUUCCUUGAACAAGUUUCAAGGACAGCAUCCUCUCAGAGAGAGAGCAAAGAAGAUAGGCGAAGGGAUUUUGGUCAUUAGGUUCGAGAUGCCUUAUAAUAUAUGGUGUGGUGGCUGCAAUUCUAUGAUUGGCAAGGGUGUUAGAUUUAAUGCAGAAAAGAAGCAAGUUGGGAACUAUUAUUCUACAAAGAUAUGGAGCUUUGCAAUGAAAUCACCAUGCUGCAAACAUGAGAUAGUCAUUCAGACUGAUCCUCAGAAUUGCGAGUAUGUAAUCACUAGUGGUGCCCAGAAGAAGGUCGAGGAGUAUGAUGUAGAAGAUGCAGAAAUCAUGGAGCUCACUGCUGAGGAAGAGAAGGGAAAGCUUGCAGACCCGUUUUAUCGUCUAGAGCACCAAGAAGUAGAUUUGCAGAAGAAGAAAGCAGCAGAACCGCUUUUGGUCCGUCUCCAGCGAGUCUCUGAUGCAAGACAUGCUGAUGAUUACUCUAUAAACAGAGCUCUACGUGCACAACUUAGGGGACACAGAAAACGUGUAGCAGAAGAAGAGGCUGCCUCAAGGAAGAUAGGUUUGGGGAUACGACUUCUUCCAAAGAGUGAAGAAGAUAUUAAAGCUGCAUCAAACGUGAAAUUCAAAACCAAGUUUGACAAGAACCGAAAGGACAAACGAGCACUAAUCCAUGCAUCUUCCAUUUUUCCCGAGUCAUCUUACUCGAUGUCAUCAUCGAGCAAGAAAAGAAUGGAGUUAGAAGCAAAGAGAAGGAAGAUAAGCGCAGCAUCAGCGUCGAGUCUAUUGAGAGGAGGUUUCAAAGCUUCAGCAUUGUCUAAAACACCAUCAACAAGCAAAUCUAAGGUUUCAUCAGUUUCUGUAAGGAAGCUGUAGGUUUUUGUUUUAGCAACGUGUGCUUGUAUCGUUGAGAAGAAAAACCAAUGUAAGAAACACAAAAAAAAAGUGACAACUUAUUAUUAUAAGAUGUUUCUACGUUUGGGAAAUUGAAUUUGAUCCCGACCUUUUUGGUGUCAAA